AAUUUACCAGGGCCCAUACAGAGAAUCAACAGCACGUGCGGGAUCGGGACGAAUGACACUGCACGCAUAAUUCAACCAGCCACAAUAUCCCGCUAUAUCGCUACUACCACUAGAGCUAGCUAGAGGUGCCCGUCCUGCCCCGCUGCGAUCCGCUCUCUGAAUCUGGUGGUGGGGCAAAUCUGUAAUAUCUUAAUCACGACGCCUGCCAGUCAACUUUUUGCUGUUGCAUAGCCGUGUAGGAAAUCGGAAUUCUGAUCCAAAUCAAAAUGUCUUCGUCAGCACCAACCACCAGAAUGAGACUCCGUAGAAAGGGUGGAGCAGGUUCAUCAGAGAACCAGGAUCCGCCAGCAGAUCAGAGCAGUGGGGCUUCUGGGAGUGUGUCCAAGAAUGAAUCAAAGAGGGUGCCAGCAAAAAAGAAGAAGCCUGCUGUUGAAGUCAAGACAGAGGUUACCAUGACAACAAGAUUGCGUGGGAAGAAGGUGAUGGAAGAGGGUGGCAUGGAUGCAGAGGAAGGCCAAAAUGAAGCUUCAACGUCCAAAGCCAAAGGAGGAAGGAAAGGGAGAAAGAGGGGUGGUGUAACGGAAGUGGAAGAGCUCCACCAAAAUACCGAUCCUGUUUUGACGCCAGAAGAGCCGAUGGAUACCCAGAGUGAUCCAUCUAGUGACGAGGUCCUCCAGUCAAAGGUAGAACUGUUGCCAUCAGAAGCUAAGAGGGGUUUGCGAGGGAAAGGACAAGGGAAAGGACAAGGUGGGAAGGGGAAGGCCUAUGAGGGCAGCAUUUCCCAGACCAGGGGAAAGGCAUCGUCUGAAGCAUCAAUGCCAAAGGUAGCUGAAGAAGCUAAACUUGAGCCUGAACCUCUCUUAGAAGAAGAAGAGAAGGAAGUUGUUGAGCAAAGCUUGCCAAUCAAACGACCAAGAAGAACUAAGAAAACCUUGACGGGGGAAAAGGAAGACAAGGCUCAAAUGUCAAAUGAUGUAGAGAUGAAAGUGGACUCAACAAAAAACCAAGGACUGAAAAAGAAAACUGCCAAGGGAAAGAAAGCAAUGUCCAAAUCAGGUUCUGCAAAUUUGGGCAUUAAUGACACCAAAACUGAACCCUUGCCAGAACUCUCAAAGACCUUUACAGUUACAGAUGGUUGUGACACUACUAAUCUAGGGAAGUGUGUUGGAGCGCAUUGUAGUAUUGCAGGUGGACUGUGGAAUGCCGUCAGUGAUGCCGUGUCCAUUGGUGCGAAGUCCUUUGCCCUCUUCCUCCGUUCUCAGCGCCAAUGGCAGGCCAAGCCCCUCGAGGACGACAACGCUGCAAGGUUCCAGGAAGCCUGCAUCAAACAUGGCUACCCUCCUCACCUGAUUCUACCCCAUGGCUCCUACCUUCUGAACUGUGGCUCACCCAAUCCUGCAACGUUGUCCAAGAGCAGAGACUCCUUGGUGGAUGAGCUGAGUCGCUGUCAGAAGCUAGGUCUCACCCUCUACAACUUCCAUCCAGGAUCAACGUGUGGAGACAUCACGAUUGAAGAAUGUCUUGACAAGAUCGGUGAAAGCAUCAAUAUGGCCCUUGCAAAGACGUCUGGAGUUACUGCAGUGAUAGAGAACAUGAGUCGUCAAGGUCAUACGAUCGGUGGUGAUUUUGAGGAGCUGCGGGGAAUCAUCGACCGGGUCAAGGAUAAGAGCAGAAUAGGGGUGUGUCUGGAUACAUGUCAUGCAUUUGCAGCAGGAUAUGACUUGUCAACAGAGUCUGGUUACAAGAAAAUGAUGGCAGAGUUUGAGAGAGUAAUUGGCUUCCAGUACCUGAAGGGUGUCCAUCUCAAUGAUUCAAAAGGAGCGGUCGGAUGUCACCUAGAUCGUCAUGAGAACAUUGGAAAAGGAAAGAUUGGAUUGGAGGGGUUCAGACGUCUGAUGAACGAUCCUCGCUUUGAUAACAUUCCUCUCAUUCUAGAGACACCUAUAGAGUUUGGGUACGCUAAAGAGAUCAAGACCCUGAACUCUCUGGUAGAGUAGAUGGACUCCAUCGACUGAAAGGUAUGGUGUGUUGUCAGACUGCAGAGUGAAUACCCGUACAUCAUUUAUCAUUUCAGCAGACAAACUUUAAUUGUUUGUCUGACACGAGUAUGUGUACACUUAAUGUAAUGUUAUAUGCAUCUAACUACAGUCAAACCUUUCCUCGUGGCCACCUCUCUAUAAAGGCCAUUGGUCUAUAGUGGCCAUGAAUCGUAUCUCCUUCAAGAUAAAAUGUGUGUUUAAGAUCCUGUGUAGAAAGGCCACCUGUC